AUGUUAUUAAAGCUUAAUUCCUUCAAUAUAAUUUUUGUUAUUUUAUUAAAAUGUUUUUUAUUUCCAAUUUUCGUCUAUGGCUCUAACGAUAAUUGCCCUUCUCUUUGCCGAUGUUCAUUAAAUGGACGUCAUGCAGAUUGUCAAGGCUUAGGGUUAACAACAUUUCCAAAUUUAAGAGAAUUUAGUCAACAUUUGGAAGUGUUAGAUUUGAGAAGAAAUAAUAUAGUUAAUUUACAAAUUAAUUUAUUAUCUUCAUUUACUCAUUUAAAAACACUUUUACUCAGUCACAAUUUAAUUGAGCAUUUAGAACAAAAUCUUCUCGAUUUUCUUCCAAAAUUGCACCAACUCUAUUUAGGCAACAAUAAAAUUAAAUAUAUUCCAAAAUUAUCAUCAAAUAUAAUUUCUAAUAAUUAUUUACAAUUACUCGAUUUACACAAAAAUCAAAUAAAAAUAAUUGAGGAGGAAGCAUUUCAAAAUUUAAAUAAUUUAAGAAUUUUGAAUUUGGAAGGAAAUUUUAUUCAGUCAAUACCUAAAUAUUUAUUUGAAAAAAAUGAAAAAUUAAAUAAAUUAGAAUUGGGAAAUAACCCUUGGAAUUGUGAUUGCAGAUUAAUACCUUUAAAUGAUUUGCUUGAGAAAAGACCUGAAUUGGAAAAAUUAGAUCAACAUCCUCAUCCUCAAAAUAAACAUCAAGCAAAUCACAAUAAUAAUCACAAUAAGAUAGCUAAAUGUGCCAAUCCUGGCCAUCUUCGAAAUAAAAAAAUUUCGAAAUUAUUAAAAGAAGAAUUAGAAUGUUUUAAGCCAGAAAUUGUUUUUGAAGGAAUUUCUGACAAUAAUAAAACAAAAAUUAAAUGUUUAACUAAAAAUAAUGAGGAAAAUAUUCAAUGGAUUUUAAACGAUAAAGCAAUAGAAAUGUCUAUAUUGGGGGAAAUAGAAAUAUUAAAUGAUGGGACAUUAUUAAUCGGAAAUAGAGAAUUAUUUAGUAAAUUACAGUGUUCAAUAAAUUAUCCACAAAUUUCUUUCAGACAAUUACGUGAUGCUAUAGUGGAUGUAUCAUUAACAGAAAAACAAAAUUCGAAUAUUAAACAAUAUUCACAACAACAAAAUAAUGAAAAUAAUAAUAAAUUAAAAAAUAAUGGAAAUUCUCCUCGAUUUACUUAUACACCAAGAGACAGACGAUAUCGGGAAGGGACAGCUGUACAAUUAAAUUGCGAGGCUAUUGGUAAUCCAAAACCAAAAAUAUAUUGGUUUUUUAAUUCUCAACAAAUAGAGCCUUCACGUAAACAUACUUUUCGUAAUGACGGAAGUCAAUUAUUAAUUUAUCCAUUUCUUGAACAAGAUAUUGGUAUUUAUAAUUGUGAGGCUGUAAAUAUAAAUGGAAGAAAUAAAAGUUUAAAUGCCCGUUUAGAGAUUAUUAAAAGUUAUCCACCAGAAAUUAUUGAAGGACCAAAAUCGAAAAAUGUUGGGAUUGGACAGAAAAUUAUUUUUAGAUGUAAAGCUAAAGGAGAACCAAAACCUUCAAUUGGUUGGUUUUUUAAUGGAGUGGAAAUUUCUUCUUUUGGAGGGCAUUUUCAAUCCCAAUUAACUAUUGAAUCGGUAGUGAGAAGAGAUGCUGGAACAUAUUCUUGUAUGGCCGGAAAUACAGUUGGUUCAAUGACUGCAGAUGCCCAAUUAGAAAUAAAUUCUUCACAAUUGGAUCAAAUUGAUAAACAAAUAAUUAAUGAAAAAACAUUUUUAAAAAAUAUAACAAAAGAAGAAUUAGUUAAUUCACCAAAAGAUUUACUUAAACAUUUUAAAUUUAUUGGAAAGCAACAACCAACAGAAUUAAGUAAAGCAAGAGAAAUUUAUGAAGAAAGUUUGAGAUUAAUUGAAAAACAUGUUGAAUUAGGUAUUAAUCUAAAACCACAAGAAAUGCCUACAGAAAAUAUUUCCUUUGAAUCGGUUUUAAGUGUUACACAUAUACAAACAUUAAUGGAAUUAUCUGGAUGUAUGAGUGGACAAUUUAAAGAUACAUGUCAAGAUAUGUGCUUUCACUCAAAAUAUAGAUCAUACACUGGACAAUGUAAUAAUUUUGACCAUCCAACUUGGGGUGUAAGUCAAAUGCCAUUUCUUCGAUUAUUACCACCAAUUUAUGAAAAUGGAUUUAAUACACCUGUUGGAUGGAAUAAAGGCUAUUUAUAUUUUGGAUAUCCAAAACCAAAUCCGAGGACAGUAUCUGUUGAAUUAAUUGGGGCUGAAAAUAUAAGUCCACAUCCUUAUUAUUCUGCAAUGCUUAUGCAGUGGGGGCAAUUUCUUGAUCAUGAUUUGGAUUUUACUGCAACUGCUUUAAGUAGACAAACAUAUGUUGGUGGGGCUAGAUGUAACCGAACUUGUGAUAAUAUUGCCCCAUGUUUUAAUAUUCCAUUACCAUCAAAUGAUUAUCGUUUGCAUACAAUUACCAAUUCUUCUGAUAAAUUACCCUGUAUUGAAUUUGAGAGAUCUGCAGCAAUUUGUGGAUCAGGGGAAACAUCUCCAAUUUUUCAACAAAUUACUUAUAGAGAACAAGCAAAUAUAAUAACGAGUUAUUUGGAUGGUUCUCAAAUUUAUGGAAGUACAGAAGUUGAUGCUUUGGAUCUUCGAGAUUUAUUUUCUGAUCACGGACUUUUGCGUUUUGAUAUUGUUAGUUCUGCACAAAAACCUUAUUUACCUUUUGAACGAGAUUCGGCAAUGGAUUGCAGAAGAAAUUUUUCUAAUGAAAAUCCUAUACGUUGUUUUUUAUCUGGAGAUUUUAGAGCUAAUGAACAAAUAGGUCUAACAGCAAUGCACACAAUUUGGAUGCGUGAACAUAAUUUUAUUGCUACACAACUUUUAGAAAUGAAUUCGGAUUGGGAUGGUGAAAGAAUAUAUCAAGAACAUAUUACUUAUAAUGAAUGGUUACCUAAAGUACUUGGACAAGAAGGAUAUAAAAUAUUAAUUGGCCCUUAUAAUGGUUAUUCUUCGGAAGUAAAUCCAAGUGUUUCAAAUGCUUUUGCUACAGCUGCUUUUCGUUUCGGCCACACACUUAUUAAUCCAAACUUGGAAAGAUUAAAUAAAAAUUUUAAUUCAAUACAAGAAGGCCCUCUACCUUUACAUGAAGCUUUUUUUGCUCCCGAACGUUUGCUUGCUGAGGGAGGUGUUGACCCUAUCCUUAGGGGGUUAUUUGCAUCUCCUUUGAAACAACCGAUGAGUGAACAGGUAAAUAAGGAUAUUAAAUUAUUAAAUAGAGAAUUAACCGAACGUUUAUUUCAUCGGGCACAUAAUGUUUCUUUGGAUUUGGCUGCAAUUAAUAUACAAAGGGGAAGAGAUCAUGGACUUCCCGGUUAUUUGGAAUAUCGACGAUUUUGUGGAUUAACUGUGCCCACAAAUUGGGAACAACUUUCUUUUAAUAUUCCAAACCCUGAGGUGUUGUCACGACUUAAAAAACUUUAUGGUCAUCCAGGCAAUAUAGAUUUAUGGGUUGGGGGUAUUGUUGAAAAACGUUUACCAGAAGCUCUUAUUGGCCCAACAUUUUCUUGUAUAAUUGGAGAUCAAUUUAAAAGACUUCGAGAAGGAGAUCGCUUUUGGUAUGAAAAUCCGGGUGUUUUUACUCCUUUACAAUUAUCGCAAAUAAGAAAAAGUACUUUGGCAUCAGUUAUUUGCAGAAAUGGGGAUGAUAUCGACAAGAUUCAACCGGAUGUGUUUCUUUAUUUUGGACAAAAUAAAUUAGCUUAUAAACAAUGCGAACAAUUACCAAGAUUAAAUUUACGCAUGUGGAUGUCUUGUUGUGACGAAAGUUGCUCAUUUCGUUCUACACAGAAUAAUGGGAAAAAUGAGGAAGAAAAUCUACAGAGGAGAAGGAGACGUUCAAAACAUUUAUAUAAUUAA